CGCGUCCAGCACACAGUGGUUAAUGGGAAUCCGCUGACAGAGCACAACCAGUUGUUUCUGCAAGCAUAUGCAUGCGCGGUUCAGCAGGUGCUCUCUUCACCCAAACUGGAUGGAAGUCACGGUUAAAACCACACCGAUCUGAGAGAUCAAUUCUUACGGCACGGACUCUCUUUUCCAGGAUGCACUGACAUAUGUGACAUGCUCACGGCGAUCGACACGUACAGAUAAACUCCACCUGGCGUCUCCACUCUUUUGGCAGCCAUGUCUCUCUCUGUAUCUGGAAGGACCGUGUUCACUAUCCUCCUCAUUAGCAGGUUGUUAGAGAGCUCGAUGCUCAACGCCGAAGUGAAGGAAGGAGAGAUUCUACCUCCUACCAUUCAGAGGCUGAUGAAAGGAUACAACAAGUACCUCAGGCCUUUCUUUGACAAUGGUCCUGUAACAGUGGGUAUGAGCAUGGACAUUGCCAGCAUUGACACCAUCUCAGAGAUCAACAUGGACUACACCGCCACCAUUUUCCUCCGCCAGCGCUGGACGGACGAGCGCUUGGUGUUUGAGGGCAACAAGAGCCUGAGCCUCGACGGGCGGCUAGUGGAGCUGCUCUGGGUCCCUGACACCUUUAUCGUCGACUCCAAGAAGUCCUUCCUCCAUGACAUCACAGUGGAGAACCGGCUGAUACGCAUCUUCCCCAACGGGACCGUCCUUUACGCGCUGAGGAUUACCACCACCGUGGCUUGCAACAUGGAUCUGACCAAGUAUCCCAUGGACAAGCAGACCUGCACGCUCCAACUGGAGAGCUGGGGUUACAACAUUAAUGAUGUCAUGUUCUACUGGACCAGAGGAAAUGAGUCUGUCAGCGGUUUAGACACUCUACAGCUGGCUCAGUACACAGUAGAGGACCACUACACAUCUGUCUCAGAGGCCGUUUACGAAACUGGCAAUUACCCAAAGCUGGUCUUCCACUUUGAGCUCAAGCGGAGCAUUCUGUACUUCAUCCUCGAGACUUACGUCCCCUCCAGCCUGCUGGUUGUCCUCUCAUGGGUUUCCUUCUGGAUUUCCCUGUCCUCUGUUCCAGCACGUAUUUGUAUAGGAGUGACCACCGUACUGACCAUGACCACUCUGAUGAUGGGAGCCCGGACGUCACUGCCCAAUGCCAACUGCUUCAUUAAGGCCAUUGACGUUUACUUGGGAAUCUGCUUCAGCUUUAUCUUUGGCGCGCUCAUUGAGUACGCCGUGGCCCACUUCUGCACCCUCACUCACAUGGACUCCCACAUGGUCAUGUACUCCCACCACAUGCACGACUUCGACGAUGAAAUGAACGGCAUCAUCACCACCAUCUCCAAUCACAACAGAGCCAAGAGACGCAAGGAGGCCGCUGCAACUCCUACCCCGACUCCCGCCUCCCUAGAACUCACUGUCAGCCCGUCCAGCCCCUCGGGCAGCGAGCCUAACCCCGAGGCAUCACCCCCGAAGCACACCCACUGGUGCCUCACCGCUCUGGCCACCGUCCGCAAAGUGCUCCGCUCCAUAAAUUGCUGUCACAUAGAGAACCCCCACCACAUAGACAACUACUCCAGAGUCACCUUCCCCCUCUCUUUUGUCAUGGUUAACCUGCUCUACUGGAUAUAUUAUCUGUACUUUUAGCAUUCACUCGAGUACAGCAUGUGUCCCAGAGAGUGUGAGACGGAGAGUGUAUGUUGACAACUGUAUUUUACUGUAUGUAUGUACAGUAAGUGUUAUUUAGGUGUGUUUUGAGAUGAGUGUGUAAAAUGUCUGCAUUUGGAUUCAUGAGCAAAGUAGCAUACUUGCAUAGGGUUGUUUUUGGGGAAAAGUAAUGCUUAUGAUUACAGCUCCAUUUUUCAUUGCUUUAAAUUUAAUGCAAAAAUAUGCCCAUCUGACAAUGACUGGAUGAGAUUUGGUCAAUGCUGAUACACGUUGAGAUAAAAAGGAACUUUGGUUACAAAGGAAAAAAUGGCCAGGCUGCCUGUUUUUGGCUAUAGCCUAGUAUAUUCAUUUGAAGUGUAUCACCGUGAAGGGUGUUACUGUCUGAAACGCAGAAGAUGGAGCUGUAAUUUGAGGCUUUAUGACAGAAUAUGCAGUGCUAAGGGAGAGCAAAUGCCUGUUCCACCUUGAUUCUCUGUUGUGAAGGAAUGAUUAUUAAUACUACAACUUCAUCUUCUAUUUCUGCCUGCAGGUCCCUACAACAUUUAGAGAGAAAAAGCUAAAAUAAUGGAUGGGAGAAGAGGGAUAAAAAGAGAGAUGAGCGAGCUGGAAAAAUAACUCAACAAGGAGAGUGCGUUACAAACUUUAAGCCAGUCUCCGUUUCUGCUCGCUGUUGAAAUCUCUCUUUCUUUUGUGUCCUUCUAUGACUUAUUUUUAAUUCACUGAGCAGUGCUGUCUCUCUUUGCCUGACACUAUAAAUGUAGUGGCCUUUGAUCACUUCAGUUGUAUAUUGAAAAUCUGGCCAGCAGUAUGAUGACACUUGUCAUCUCACAUUGUAAAGCAGUUUCACACGAAGGGAAAAACUGUUCUUCAGUUUCACAAGGGAGGGAAUGACACCACAAUAUGUUAAACAAUAAACUACAUAGCAUAAUUAUAAUGUUAUGAAAUUAAUAAGCAUAUGCAUACAUAGAGUAUAUAUAGAUAUGUUCCUGAAAUACUUUAUCAAAUUAUUAAAAUUUAACUAGUUAUUAUAUAAUUUUUUUAAUGAUUUUUAUUUUUCUUUAAUUUCAUUAUGGAUUUUAUUUUAUUUUAGAAUGUCCUUUUUUAAACCUCUGUUUUAGGGCAUUUUCCCAAAUUUCCCAAAUAACAUUUUUUAUUUAAUAAUUUCAUAAUGCAAAGCCUCCAUUAGCAGGACUCAGCUACAGCUAACAUUACCCAAAUUUGACCAGCUAGCUCCUGAACAACCAUGCUAAAGUAGUUCUAAAUCAAGCUGCUGAAAAUAAAGAGUUUAACAAGGCUAUAUCAUGCUUCCUACCUAGCCAGCCAGCUAGCUAGGAUAGGUUGUAAACUUGGAUUAUUUACACGGCAUCAAGCUGAGAAGCUAGUGGUAGUUACUAUCAGAUUUACCUUGGCAGUGUUAUGCUUCUUCUUGUUGGUUCCUCUAGCUAAGAGAAACUAUAGCUAGCUAGCUAGCUAGCUGGCAGCAGAACUCUGUCUGGCAGUCGGUGGUAAAUGCUAGAUUGGUGGUAGAUGCUAGCUCGUACCCAGCGAACUACGCAAGGGCCGUUAUUUGAACCCUGAACGUUGUAGUGAAUAAAUAUGAAGCUAAACGCUUAUCUACCAAAUAAUUCAUUAUAGGCCUACAGGAAAACAUGACUCACCUCAUAAGUAGUGAGAUGUAACUAGGGUGACCAGACGUCCCCGGUUUCGGUGACCUGUCCCCGGCUGGAGCUGUCCCCGGAAAUGUCCCCGGUUUUCACUGUGACUGACAGACCCGAAAUUGGAAUAAAAUAGUUGUGCACCCUACACGCACAGGCUCAAGACAGCCAGAGCCCCAGCAAGCCUCAGAGCUCAGAGAUGUUCUAGAAUGCCAAUUUUACGAUGCUAAAAUUACUGUUUAUUUACAUGGAGUCUGGUGGGUUUAGCAAACUCAAAUUCGCAGACUUUUUUAUGUUUUUAAAACAGAAAGUUUUAACUGAAAGAUCGACCUCCUUAGAAUAUUAAUCUGAGCCUGUCAGUGGCAAAACAAGCACUUUUAUGAACAUAAAUACAAGCUGGACAAUUGACGUCCUAUUAACUUACAUUGUAGCUUGUUUCACCGUUGCCGACUGCAGCAAUCUCGUUUAAUACUGGACCAAUGUCAAAGGAAAAUAUUUCCUCAAUAGUUUUAAUUGAAAAAACUAUUCCACCUGUGUGUGCAUGGUGAUAAUUCUGAAGUGCAAAAUAGUUCAGGCUACAGAACAAAUAUUUCCUUCCAUAGACAAAGAAUAAUAAGUCUAACCACAGAAUUUCUUUUCAAAGUGCACCAGAUUGAUGCAUUAAAACGUUAAAAUAGACAACAUUUUCUUACAGGGGAGCAUGCCCAUAGAUCCCCCUAGGGAGGCUUGUGCCCCAGUGCAGCUCUAGGUCUAGUGACCCCCCCCCUCUUUCUUCUGUUUUACAAAGAUAAAAACAUUACCUAUUUUGGAGGUAUUUACUUCUGAGCUGAAAAUGUCCCCGGAUUUUGUCUCAGAAAUCUGGUCACCUUAGAUGUAACCCUAACUCAAACCCUGUCUUUCAACCAAACCCUUUAUAGCUAGCUAGCGGCUAACUUAAGUGUUGACACAGUACGCCAGUUUCAUUGGGUAACUCGUUCGCUGGGUUCGAUCUAGCGUCUACCGCAGUGGGUGAGCCUGCCAGGUGAGGAUGGGGGGCAAGGUGAAUGUCAUCAAAAAGUGACAUUUUGGAAUAAAAUCUUCUAUAAUGAAAUAAAAAAAUUUAAAUAAAAAAAAAUCCUAAAACUGAUUUUUAUAAAAAUAGCAUUUCAUAGUAAUGGGAUACGUUUUUAUAAGUUAUUAAAUUAUUUCACAAUUUAUUGAUUUAUUGAUUUAUUUAUAAAUGUGACUUUAUUUAUUCACAUAAUUGUGAAUUUCAUUAUGUUUUUAUAUAUUUAUUUAAUAUUGAAUAUUUUGUAUCUUCAUACUAACUGGGCAGGCGUAACGCAACAUUGUGGAUAUACAGAGCAGCAACACCUAGACAUACAGGGUGCCACUAAUAAUAAUAUAUGCAGCACUCUUUAUGGGCUGCUGGUAGUGUUUCUUACUGUGCUUUUGUAAUACAUACGUAGGCCUAAUGCAGUAGUCAGACCUAAAUGUGUUAGACAUUUUUGAGUGAUUUGAAUAUGAAUGAAAUGGCCAAAACAUUUCAACAGGAUGUCAUCAUCUGUGCAUUAUCCAAAUGGAAAAAGGCCUGGAUUUGCUACGCUUGAGGUUUCCCUUCUCUCUUCCUUUUUAGGCUGUUGUCAUUUUUCACUGUGUGAGUGUUGAGUAUUUCAGUUCAGGUGAUACAGUGUGUACGUUACCAGUCAUGUGAACCAAAGAGCCAAAGAUCCAAUUUGAUUUCCUCUUUGUUUCCCUUUAGUUCCUCAACUAGGAGAUUUUGGGUGCAUUUUUAAAUGUUAAUAUCAUGUUUGCUCUUGAUAGAAUUCUGAAAUAGCAUGCAGUCAAUGACCAGAUGAACAUGGCACUUUACAUUUCAAAUAGAAAACAGGAUUCAGUUUAAAAACAGAGAUGCAUGUUUAUUUAUUGCUGUAUUCAAUAUAACUGUGACAUACACUCACUCAUUCAUUCCAAUUUCAGGAACGACCAUGCAACAAGUAUGAUCAUAAGCUGAAUUGAUAAUAUUUAUUUAUAUUUCAUUGCCUUUACAGCUGUUUAUGUUCAUAUUUUAUCUGCGUUAUUUCUCUUUUUUUCUAGUUUUAAUCUAGUUUUGAGUAUGUCAUCAAUUUACCAACAUUUUGAUUUGGUAAAUUGCCUGAUGAUAAUAGAAAAUUUACUUCAGUUUCUGUUUUUCCUGCAUGGUUAUCAAGUGCAACUUUUCUUUCUUCGGCUUUGCUUGGUUUCGUUUCAGUUUAAUAUGAUGGAGAAGAAUUACCAUAAAAUGCUCAGCUGAGGCUAUUGAAAAGUUUUGUUCUGUGAUGGCUAAUGAUGCGACUUGGAUUUGGGGUCUCAUCUGGGUCCAGGAUGGAUGGUUAAACUGCUGUUCUACUUUUCAGUCAUUUGAAUCUUAUUGAAAAGGAAAAGUGAUCAGUGACAGUGUUCAUUUGCCUUUGAGCUGCGUAUGCUCUGUGGAAGUCGGUGAGCACUGACCAAUUGAAAAGGUUAAUAUGAUAAAACACAGACUUUCAUGUUUUGUUCAAUAUACUGUAGCACCACGGUUGUAGCUUCUCAGUGAACAGUACAAGAUAGGAAUGCCAUUAUGGAACCGAAGAACCACAAAUGCAACCACAUAGAACAAUGUCUCACUCGGUGAUGAAGUUUAUCCACACGCAAAGCUCAAGAGUAACGGUCGCAACUACGUACAUUAUCAGUGCCGGUUUGCUCUGAAUGAACGGCAUUUUGGGUGGUUAUAAAUACCCGAUGAAGGUGAGAAUAUAUUGCGGAAACAAAGGUAUGAAACAAAACAUUAUGGGUAAUAUUGCCAGCACAUUAUGUGGAGCAACUUUUCAGCAACUUUGAAAAGGAAAAUGGCUACCGUUGGACUGCCCUUUCUUUCCUGUUGUGAUACAUUGGCUACCAACAACACAGUUCCUGGGAUUUUUAUGUGAAAAGCAUUUAUAUACUGUACCAUGCUAAUAUAGGGAUCAGUUUGCUUAACCUGUUGUAAAUAAAUAGUACCACUGUGCAUGUUUAUUUGGUGUAUGAAUAUGAAUGAUAGCAAUAAAAGAGGGUUAACGUGUA